AUGGUACAAGGUCCUCUUGGGGACAUGGAGGAGAUGGUACAAGGAUCCUGCUGGGGACAUGGAGGGGAGAUGGUACAAGGAUCUGCAGGGAGAUGGUACAAGGAUCUGCAGGGACAUGAAGAUAGAUGGUACAAGGUCCUGCAGGGACAUGGAGGGAGAUGGUACAAGGUCCUGCUGGGACAUGGAGGGAGAUGGUACAAGGGUCCUGCGGGGACAUGGAGGGAGAUGGUACAAGGAGAGAAGGAGGGAGAUGGUACAAGGAUCUGCAGGGACAUGAACAUAGAUGGUACAAGGUCCUGCGGGGACAUGGAGGGAGAUGGUACAAGGUCCUGCGGGGACAUGGAGGGAGAUGGUACAAGGUCCUGCGGGGACAUGGAGGGAGAUGGUACAAGGAUCCUGCGGGGACAUGGAGGGAGAUGGUACAAGGAUCUUGUGAGGGGACAUGGAGGAGAUGGUACAAAGGUCCUGCGGGGACAUGGAGGUAGAUGGUACAGGGUCUUGUUGGGACAUGGAGGGAGAUGGUACAAGGAUCUGCAGGGAGGAUGA